CUAACAUUUUGAACUCAUAAUUAAUAAACCACCUUCAAUAUAAAAGAAAGGCUGACGACACGUUAAUCCUAAACAGUUUUACUUUCUUGAUUCACUACAAUGUCAUUAACUGAAAGAAAACUUAUGCAGAUGACACUUUUAUUUGUAAUUUUGUCGGUUGUCAUAGGAACGACAAGUGGUGCUUGUUGCCAUAAACCUUUUAAUAAACAUUGUGCAGAUUGCGCUGUCGGGACACCUUGCUGUGGAUAUCAUUCCUGUAACAUAUUCUGUUGCGGAUGUGACUGUCGUAAAGAACCAGCAGGGAAACAUUGUUACGGACGUGGAGAUACAUGCAGAUGUUACAGAGACAAUUGCAGAGUAAAACGUCAAGUGUCAUUUGCUACUACCGAUAUUUCUGCUUAUGAAACGUUUACGGGUUUAGAUAUCAAUAAAAAUGGGAUGAUGGAACAAUUUGAGUUCAGUAGAGCCUUAGAACAGAUGCAUAUAACGGACAACAUGACCGUGUUUCACCAUUGGUUAGUCAUGGACGAAGAUAGAGACGGAGUUAUUACCCUGGAGGAAUUUGACCGAGAAAAAUUAUAGUUGUCAAAGAGCAUAUCCCGAUAAAACUAAAUGUGAAGAUUUUAAGUUCUUUUUAAAAUUUUGAAAUAAAAUCAAUGAAGAUAUUUCAUUCAA